AUGGAAGCGUUAAAGUUGUCGGAGUCGGAAAUCAACUUCUACUUCAGUGCUUUCGAUAGCUGUGAUGUCGAAAAAAGUGGGAAGCUAUCAACGGAGUGUGUGAAGAAGUUUUUGUCUCGCUUUGCUAUUUCAGAUGUCUUGAUAAACGAUAUUAUACAAUUAUCAAAUCCAUCUCCCUAUGGCUUGUGGGGGCGGGUAAAUUUCUUCACGGCACUAAAGUACGUUUCGCUCGCUCAGAGUGGAAUUCCGGUGUCUAGAAAUGAGCUAAUCAGAAACAGAGAAAGUCUCCCCCUCCCAUCAUACCGUGAUAUCUGUGUGCCGUUAAUGGAAAAUGAUAUGUCUACAGGGGAGCAUUCUUCACAUAGUCCUGCCUCCGCUGGGGAUUAUCUUAACUUAGAAAAGCAAUCUUAUGGACGUAUUUGUCACAAAAUUAGGUUUAAAAAGAAUCAGGUAGCUGCAAAUAACAGCAUUUCGGGAGACGGUGCAGGAGAGCCAUGUUUUUCUUCAUGGCCCAAGUGUUACGACGAAGAGCAAAGUCUUUUAACGGAGGAAACUAUCAAACCUGAUAAUUCUGUCUCCUACGAUAACGAAAACAAAACUCCCGGAAAUUCUGAUUGGUGGAUUCCAGACAAGUCAUUCCGGAAAGGCGUACAUUUAAACACCGGUUACUCAUCGUCCCGAUCUUCUGGUACUGUUACUUCUCAGGACUCUAACUCGUCUACUUAUUUUGCUAGCACUAUUGAAGAGUGUAAAAACAUCAAGAAAUUACAUGAUGCCAGUGUAUGGAGUUAUCGAGAUUUACCCGAUCACUCAUCGGAUCAACUUAGUGGAAUUCAACUAAAAGGGAGUUCUACAGAUCAUUCUUUACAGAACACUGAUUCUCAACGUACAAAUUCUCAGAACAAAUAUCAGUUUUCACUGAAUAGUGACCAAAAAUCUGAAGUUAACAAAUGGAAAGUAUCACACUAUCGUAGCUCUUCAUUCCCAUUCUCACAAUAUAAUAACACUUAUUGUAAUCGAAAUGAAAAACGUAGAGAAAAACAUCUUAAAUGGUUAUCAUCAUUCGCAUUACAAUCAAAGAGAGAAGCUGAAUACGCAUCACAGUUUGAUGAGUUCUUUAUUUCAAAAGACAUUGAUAACCUUGUUACUAAUUGCCAUUUGUUAGUAACACGCUCGGAAGUAACGCAAUUAUUUACAGCUCAAUAUAGAAUCUCGUCAGUUGAUUUUGACAAUAUUUGGUUAACUGCUGAUAUCAAUCGGGACAAUUAUUUAGAUAAAGCUGAAUUUUGUUUAGCCAGUCAUUUAGCACAUUUGCUUGGUCAUCGUGGUUUAUCAUUGGAUGAUGCCGUUAGUGCUUGCAAACCUUAUAUCAGUAAAAUUAUUAGAAGGUUAAGGAAGUCUGAAGCCAAAGGUAAUCAAUUCGACCUUCCUCACCUAGAAUAUUUAUGCGCCACUGGUUUACUGAACAAUGGUUCAAAAUAUAAUUCAAUAAAUAAUCCAUUGCUGAAACAACACUCUGCGAUAGACAUUUUUAAUAAAAGAAACCCAAUUGUUUUUGAUGAUUCUUGUUCCUUGAAUAUGGAUUCUGCCUUUGGUUUUUCUGAGACUAAUUCUAAAAGUUUAUAUUAUAAUUCAUUUGAAAAUUUGUCACACUGUCCUGUUGUUAGUUGUGAUAGUUAUAGUAAGUCUUCAUCUUCAACUGGAAUUGUUGGUAGUUCCUCUUCCUCUUCGACAUCAUCUUCAUCCUCCAAUCCAUCCUCCUCACGCUUAUCUGCAUCACCAUUUUCGUCGUCUGAAAUUAGUGGUUCUGUUGAUUCAGUGCAUUUAUCAAGUGAAAAGACUAGUACAAAUAACCCAUAUAUUGAUCCGAUCCAAUUACUAUCUGCAGUCACUGGCCAUCGAAAAACGUUUUUAUCUGAAUUAUCUAGUAGUCGUCGACGUCGUCUUUUGUCUUCACUUAUUCGGGAAGCCAAAUCGGUCAAUCAUACCUUACUUCGUUUAAAUAAUGAAAUGCAAGGUGAACUUGCUGAGUUGAAUGAUCAGCGAGUUAAUUUACGUGCACAACUUCAACAUUUGGGACUACAACCAGCAGUUUGA